GAAGGGUUUCGCCCCGAAACGUCGCCUAUUUCCUUCGCUCCAUAGAUGCUGCUGCACCCGCUGAGUUUCUCCAGCAAUUUUGUGUACCUUCUGUAGUUCCUUUUUUGUGCGGAUUCCAGCAGAGUAAUUUGAUCUUUUUACUUCUCAAUAAUUGGAUAAAUAACAGAUUGUAUGACAGGCACGAUUGCUAUGUUGUCAGUAUCACGUAAAUCUCGGGUGUGCUCACUGGUUGUGAAAUCAUGCAAAAUUGUUAUCAUUGCAGUCAAGUGGUGUGGAACUCCAGGUAGUACAGCGACUCAAUCUACAUAUUAAUGACACUUCUAUUAUGUUCUUUUUGGACCGAGAACGAAUUAUAACAACUUUAAGUUCUUAUUUUCUGCACCGGUGUCUGUUUUACUUGAAUUGUUCUACUUAAAAGGAAUAUUUUCUACAGCUACAGUUUCGUAUUCAAAGGAAAUUCAAGCAUGCAGCUCAAGACCUAUUGCCUGGUUUUCAUGAUAAUUGUGUUGGAAGCAUUCUUCAUAAGUUUGAUCUUGAGACCUGGCAUUAUCGAGUCAAGGAUUUUGUUUACGGAUGAAAAAAAACCCACUACCCCUGUUGAUUCGCACUUAAAACUGAAACCAUUGAAUAAAUUAAAAUUUCUCUCUCCAUAUGGAGGUGACUGGACAUUUGGCAGAAAUGCCUGCAGCUGUAGAAUUUUGAAUUCAGACAUGUUUACAUAUGAUAAAUUUAACGCUGGGAAGGAUAAUUUGGCAAUCAAAAAACGAAGGGGAUUACAAUAUGAACAAUAUAAAAAAAGAAAUGAAUCGCCUGCAAAGAAGGUUAUUAUUGCGCAACCCCAUUCUCCUCUGAGCUACCCUACCCAUGGAGUUGAAGUAAAGCCACUCUACUCUAUUCUCAUCCCAGGCCUAGCUGUGCAUGGCAUGGAGGGAGAAAAAAAUACAGUCAAACUGACAGCGACUCAAGGGGUAUUCAAUACAAUUGUUGAAACUCCUGAUGGUGUCGUACAUGGAUCGGGUGAACAAGAAUUGACAAUAAGAAGUCCAAGUUUGGCAAUCAUCAAUAAUAUCCUCAAACAUGUAACUUAUACAAGCAAAAAGUACCAAAUUGCCUCUACUGAUUUAGUUUCUUUUCAGUUUGAAGAAUAUACUGCUGAAUUUGUAAUCCUCAUCAGAGUGCCCCCAAUGAUUAGAUUAUUUGACCCUGGACCAGAUAAUAGCAUCGACUCCUUGGUGACAAUAGUGACAAAGACAUUCAUCAGAUAUCAUAAGCUUCGGAUUUUAAUAAGUAGUAUUCGAAAAUUUUAUCCAAAAAUUAUGAUAAUCAUUGCAGAUGAUAGUAAAGUUACGGAAAAAAUUGAAGGACCAUACAUCCAGCAAUACACAAUGCCAUUUGCAAAAGGAUGGUUUGCUGGAAGAAAUUUAGCAAUAUCUCAGGUUACAACUAAAUACCUUCUUUGGGUGGAUGAGGAUUUUGAAUUUACACAAGAAACAAAACUGGAAAAACUGGUAGAAGUAUUGGAGAAGACAAACUUGGAUCUGGUUGGUGCCCCUGUGAGUCAGGAUGUGUUCGCGUUCAAGCUUUGGUACGAAGAAGGAGAUGAUGAAGGGGACUGUGUGUUUUCCCAGAACGGUUCUUUUCACCCCCUGGAUGGAUUUCCAGGCUGUGUGGUUACCAGCAUUGUGGUGAACUUUUUCCUGGCCAAGACAGAAAAAGUAUGGAGUGUUGGGUUUGAUCCUCGAUUUGCAAGAAUAGCUCAUACAGAAUUUUUCAUUGACGGCAUUGGAAGUUUGCUUGUAGGAUAUUGCACAAAUGUCAAAGUUGGCCAUCAGAAGAAAGGAGAAAAAGAUAAAGCGCUGAAUGAAGUUGAAAAUAAAUAUGCUGCUUUUAGGCGUUUAGAUAGAAACGAAUUCCGAUCCCGUUUGGAUAUGACCUAUUUCAAAAAUCGCCUUAAAUGUUACACUCGGAACAGAGUCUGAGGGACUCAAUUGUAUUUGACAUGUAAAGUGCUGCACCUGUUAAUGUUGCUUGAACUAAUGAAUUUUAUUUCUAAAUAAGAAUGAACUCUUGAUAAAAUAAUGGACACAAUUACAAUUAGUUUAUAUGUCUCAAAAUAAAUGUUUUAAAAUUGGUUGUGAUUCUUUUAGCUGAUUAUAUAUUUUUUUCUCCAGCUACAGAUUAGAUUUCAUUUUAAGGUUAGAAUUUAAGUACCAUCAAACUUUUAUUAGUUCUGUUCACUAGUUGCAUACGUGGCCUGCUGAGGUCUUCCCUCACCAUCACAUAUGCCAUUACACAACAAGCAUGUUACCAUUGCAAGGAGUUUUUAUUUAAGCUUGUGGAGUAUUAAUCAGAAAGUGAAACCCAUGGUUCACUCCAAAACAAAAUGAAGGUAGCUUACCCCACAUGAAUGUCAGAAAGAUGAAUCUUUGGAAUUUCAUCAGGCAAUCUCACUCUGAUUCAUUGACCAAAGGAAAGUAGUUUAUAUUGACCUACUGUUUUCCAAAUUCUUCCUACAUUGCAAGCAAUUGCAAUUUAAAUACACAUGAUUUUUGGCCACCCCCUCUCUCCGUCUUUUGUAUAUAUUUCACCAGUUGGUUGUCAAUGCAUACUCGAUAAUAUAUUCUGUAUGUACUGUACAUCAUUUAAAUAGAGCUUCACAAACUUUAACACGACAAAAUCAGCCAAGCUUUGAAUCUUUCUGUCAUAGAUUGUCCAUUUUUAAGUUGGGAUCAAGCAAGGAGCAAUACAGCUGAUUCCAAGUGCCUUACCUAAUCAAUCCCAAAUCUGCUUCUAUUUGCCAGUUAUUCCAAAGAAACACAUCUGAAGAUGAAUGUAACUCGUGAAUGUUUUCUUGUAUGGCGACUUUACUGAGCACAGCCUGCUCUCACAACUAUUAACAUGAGUUACGUAAAUGUCAACCAAGAUAUGCCCUCAGAGACUUUGAUGCCAACGCAAGGUCUAACUUACAGGAAAUCUAAUGGGAGAUCAGCAAUUCCAAUUUGCAACCCAUUCACUGAUCCAAAUUCUGAAACUAGCGAUCCAAGAAAAGGCAUUAUGAUACUAUGAGUAGUUAGGACCUGGAACAGACUGCAGGGUUUGGGAGCAGGACAUGGUCCUGGUAAAUCUGAUUGUGAACCAAAUGGAAAUUAGAUCAGUACAAAAGAAAAUUACCUGCCUUGGGAAAGAUGUAAGAGAAUGCGCAGAGAUAUCAAAGAUUUAAAGGGCCAAAUGGUCUUCUCCUGUGCAAUAAUCUUGCAGAGAUUCUGAAAAGUAAAACCCCUGUCCCACGGUACGAGUUCAUUCCAAGAGUUCUCCCGAGUUUGCCCUGGUUCGAACCCGGAGGUUUACGGUAAUGGCCACUCGUCGGUACUCAGGGUUCUCGUGGACAUUUUUCAUCAUGUUGAAAAAUUUUCACGAGUCUUCCCGUGCUUACCUGCCGUUAGCGAGUCUUCCCGAGUACCUGCCGUUAGCGCUAAGAGAUGUCCCGAGCUCCGACGUACCCGCUAUGUUCAUUCUCCGUGCUUACCACGAGUUUGUUUUUUUUUAAACUCGGGAGAGCUCUUGGAAUGAACUCGCACCGUGGGACAGGGCCAUAACAAGUUUACGCACCUGCAUCCAAUAUACACUCACAAAUGUGAAGAAUCUUCACACAAGGACCUGACCACAUCUUUCAUUCUUUAUGGACGAAACAUGUCCAGAACCAGGGGUCAAAGUUUAAGAACAAGCGAUUGGCCAUUUAGGACUGAGAUGAGGAUGAGGUGGUGCGGGUUAAUUGAAAAUGGAGAAUUCAACAUUCAUGUUAUUGGGUUGCAGAGCACCCAGGCAGAACAUGAGGUGAUGUUUCCCUAGUUUGCAGUUUUGUUGUUGGAUGAACAAUUAACAAUGAACAAUUUGUUGUUGUUGAACAAUUAAUAAAAGUGUUACAAUUGAUCCA